ACUCAAAUUACCAAGGACUGUAGAAGUAAACAAGUAUUUAAGGAAAAAUGGGGAGAAAUACUGUAUGUUUUGAAAUUUUUAUUUUUAUGAUUACUUUAUUAAAUACAAAAUUGACAGUCGAUGGGAAUAAUAACGGUUUCCUGCAGGCCAACAACGAUGUCCAGUACAUUUCGGUGCACAAGGAAUUUUCAAGUUCAUCAAGAAUAAGGGUGGCGAUACCUCAGCUUGCUGAGGAAAGUUGGGAGACACUCAGGUUCCAGCCUCCACUACUGGACUUCAAACAAAGGCAGUUGGGUUUGCCUCACCGUGAAAGAGUGACCCUGUUCAACGUGCACGACAACAGAACCGUGCUGAUGUCGUCCAUCUCGGGGAGCACGGUCCACUUCCACAGCUCCUUCUUCGACGACAAGGUGCUGCCCCCGCUCGGGAACACGUCCUUCCACGUGGUGUUCCUGGGCCGGGAGGAGGGCAACAUAGAGAGCAGCCUCUUCAUUCACACGUCCGAGGGCAGCUUCAGGUACCAGGUGCGAGGUGCCAGCGUGAGCAGCCCGUACCGUCUGCGGGCGCUGGUGGGAGUGCGUCUGCCCCUCAACUCCUCCUACAGCCCUCUGCUGCACCUCUACAACCCCUCGUCGCGCCCCUUACAGGUGCUGGAGGCGUACAGCAGCGGAGCAGACUUCCAGCUGGAGCUGCCCUCUGGAGCCUCGGACGCCCCCUUGCAGCUCUGGCAGAUACCUCCCUUCCACACCAGGCCCGUGGUGAAGAUACGCUUCGUGGCCCGCGCACAUCGCAACCACACCGCCUACGUCAGGUUGCGGGUGAGCGGGCGCAAGGAGGCCCUGGUGGUGCCGGUGGAAGUGCAGGUGGGGCCCCGCCCCGGCCUGUAUGCCCUGGACGACCUGCUGGACUUCGGUUUCGGCAGCAGCUGCGACCAGCCACGCCAGUUGCGCUUGCUGCUCUACAACUCGGGCUCCAAGUCUCUGCGCAUACAGAGCAUCGUGGCAAAACCAGCUUCAAAAGCUCUCAAAAUUGAUUUCCAGCCAAUAAAAGUGCCCCCAGACUCAAGGAUUCCUACAAGAGUGGCUGUGUUAACUUUCAACUGGACGAGCGUUCCAGGAGGCGUGCAGUCUGGUCGCAUCUUCGUCAAGGGCAAGCAAGGGACGAGCGUUCCAGGAGGCGUGCAGUCUGGUCGCAUCUUCGUCAAGGGCAAGCAAGGCCAGCACAGACUGGUGCUCCCUUACGUGGCUCACGCGCUGGAGGGUUGUCUAGUCUUCAAUGCAUCGCUGGCUCAGUUUUGUCACGAGGGAGAGCUAGCACGCUCAGUGCGUCACUUCUCCGUAACCAACACGUUCUCGGUGCCCGUGGCUGUGCUGAACGUGUCUCUGCAUCGCGAUGCUCAGCCUUUUUUUCAGGUGGAGAACUUCGUUCCGAGAGUGCUGAGUGCGGGAGAAAGCAGCGUUCUGUUCCAGCUAUCUCUCGGCAAGAACAUAUCCGUUACUGAUGUAAAGUUGGAGACAAACUUGUGGCUUCACACGAAUGUGUCGAGGGUGUUUGUUCCGGUUCUCUGUUACAACGGUCACUUGGAUGUGGCAGGAGGCGCGCGGCUGGACCUCGGGCUGCUGGGAGUCGGCGCGAGCGUGCUGCACCAUCUCGCCGUGGUCAACAGGAACCCCUCGGCCGUGCAUCUGCUCGACUGGGGCACCAACGCCUCGUGGACGGGCGCGCAGCUGCUGGGCACCGCGCACGGCGACGCCUCCCUCGCGUUGGCCGGCCGUGCCUUCCACGACCUCGUCAACACGACGGAGCUUCUGCCCGGCCACUUCGCCGUGCUGGCCGUCACGGCGACUGCCCCGUCGCGGGAGGGUCCUCUCUGGGCCAGCCUCCAGCUGCGCACGCAGUUCCAGAGGCUGUCCGUGUCGCUGGAGGGGCAGGUGGCACACGGCUCCCUGCGCACCGUGCCGCCGACCGUGCUGCUUGCCGACUGCUUCCCGGGCAGAGUGUGCAGCGAGCGAGUGGAGGUGCGCUCCAACUUCUCGAGGGCCAUGACCGUGCUCGGCGUGGCCAGCGUGCCCCCCGACGCGCGCCUGUGGUUCCGGCCCGAGGACACGGUCGUCGCCCCCCGGGCCACCAGCGCGCUCGGCCGGCUGCUGUUCGACUGCAGCGCCAGCCACCGCUACCUCGGCGCGCACAACUCCUCAGCCGGCGCCUGGCACUGGCUCCAGACGCUGGCGCUGCCCCCGCACACGGCCGACCACGACUCCGCCCUGUUCUCCGCCCGCCAGCUGCUGUUCCAGCAGUCCCCGCGCAGGCUGCCCUUCGCCGUGCGGCUGGACACGAGCGCCGUGCGCGGGCACGUCUUCCAGGCGGAGGCACGGCUGACGUGGCCGCUGCUCGCCAACUGGUCCCUGGUGCGGCUGCCCCUCACGCAGGUGGGCAACACGACGCGCGCCGCCGUCAGCCUGCACAACCCCUCGCGCGUCGUCGUGGUGGCGCAGCUGGUGCUGGACUGGGCCUACCCGCAUCCCGACCGGCCCAGGAACAGCUCUGAGCGAGGACUGUGGCGCUUGCAAGACCCCGACGGUCGCACGGCGCAGGAUCUGCAGGAGGAGCUGGGCGUGCCGAGCCACGAGGACAGCGUGACAGCAGUUCUGUACCCCGGCCAGAAGAAGCUGUUCACACUCGCCUUCACACCGCACUCACCCGGCCAGCACCACGCCUCUCUCUUCAUCAGGAACAACCUGACGGUGCUGGAAGUCGUGCGGCUGGCGGGGACGGCCGGCGUGCCCCUCUUCAAGUUCGGCAACCGCAGCCCGGCCUCGGACGUGCCGUUGCUGUUCCAGUUGGCGGACAAGCAUCUGCACGACUGCACCGGGGAGGGGAAGGGGACGGGCGGGACCCGGAACCUGUCGGUGAAGCGCUCGUUCACGGCGCGCAACCACGGCGAGCUGCCCGUCUUCGUGAGCGGCUUCAGCGUCAGCGGGCUGGCGUGCGAGGGCUACGGCUUCCGCGUGCUGAACUGCGGGGGGUUCGAGCUGCCGCCCAACGGCACCAGGCGGGUGGAGGUGGCGUUCACGCCCGACUUCACGCUGGCGCGCGUGCAGCGCUCCCUGCAGCUGGCCACCAGCCUGGGCCAGGUGGUGUUCCCGCUGGUGGCCACGCUGCCCCCCUCGCUGCUGGCGCCGUGCUCGGCCGCGCUGGGCCGCCCCGCCUGGGAGCCGCUGCUCCACCACUGCGCGGUCGGCCUGGGGGGGCUGCUGCUGCUGUGCGUGGCGGCGGCCGCCUGCCUGGAGGCGGGGCGCGUGCUGGAGGGGGCGGGGGGCCGGCGCCCGGGCCGCGUGCUGGACCUGCGCAGGCUGGCCUCCCGCGCCCGCCGGCGGCCCGGCCGGCGCGGCGCCGGCCCCUCCAAGGGCAGGGGGCCGCCCGCCACCGCCUCCGCCUCCGCCUCCGCCGAGAGCUCCAACAACGACGAGGCCGACAAGGAGGUGCCUGACUGCGACUGCAAGCAGAGUCCUGCCGAGCCCAAGCCAGAGGACAAGUGCGCGGACUACGAGGGCGACUGCGACGAAGACGAGGAGAACGAGGGCUCGCAGGAGGACCCCAAGAUGCUUCGCUGGAAGCCCGGCUGCAAGGCCCCCGCCAAGGUCCCCGGGGAACCGCGCCAGGCCCCGACUAGCCUGGAGCUGCCUUACAAGCUGAAGUCACGCAAUCUCGGGCGCGAACGCUGCAAGAACCUUUUGAAGCACAGGUCCUCUGACAAGCCAGCAGCGACCACCGUGUUCACAGCGGGCGCGGAGAGCCGGAGCGUGCCGCAGUCCCGCGCUCCCAGCUCCUGGGCGGACGUGAAGGCGUCGUUCAGCAACGCCAGCCCCUCGUACUCCAGCGUGGUGGCCCCUCGCCCGUCUCCGCCCGAGACCGUGUCGCUGGACUGCAGUGCCUCUUCCCUCGGACCCAUUGGUUCCAAGAUAGCGUCGCCAAAGGGCCACUGGGAGAGCUUCAUGAACGAGACCCCAGCUCCACCGCACUUCCUCCAACAGGAGCCAGCACCAAGAAUUAGCCUGGCGACCUUCCAGGACCCCCUGCAGAGUGCCGGCGAUGGACGGCUGGCGUGGGAAGAGCCGGCGUCUCGUGACGAAGCAGGACGGACCAACAUUUUUACAGAGUCGUGGCCGGCCUCGCUGUGGGACCCGUUCUGCUCGCCCGCGGUCGCCACCACCGACCCCCCUGACCCGAUGUCCUUGCUGGGCGGCCGUGACGGCCACAGCAGCAUCUGGUCGAGCAACCCCUGGUCGCCGGCAGCCGGACCGGCGCGACGAGAGCAGCGCAGCGAGGACAUGACGCUUGGCCUCAGCCCUUUCCCUUCUCUCGACGACAUCUGGCUGCCGUGCGAUUGCGAUAUUCCCUGGAGCCCACCGCCUACCCAGAACUGAGUUUGCUGCAUUCGCACUGCUGUUUGCUCACGUCACCAAAACAACUUCAUUGUUAAUUGUCUGCAAAUUUGACUUAUGGUUAACUGAAUAAAUCUGAUAUUAUUCUCAUAAA